UAUCUAUAAGGUCUAUGCAGGUCUAUGGUCGUCACACGAUUGAGGCCAGACAUUGAAUUGGAUCCACGGUGGACUUAGGUUAAUGAAACUGCGAAAGCUGUAUUUUCGUUUGAGUCGGUCAUAAAAUUCUCUCGUGAAAAACAUGUGGCUAGAGGAAUGCGACAGCUUUGCCGAGCUCUGCCGGGGAUACUUACCGUAUUAUCUGCUAAUAGUUCUGCCGAUCUUCAUCAUCAUCUCCCCGGUGAACCCGGUGACUGCCUCCAACGAGUUUCCUGUGUAUCGUAUGCACCAGUAUGAUUUGCACGGGGUUCCACACGGUUGCCGAAGCGCGCCCAUUUCUUUGGAGGCGAGAUCUCUAGCUGGAUGGAGCACUUCCAGGCACUGCGUCGUUGCGAGAGCAUUGGAUAUCACACCGUCUGUCUUCCAGUCAAUUAGAAGUAAGGCUGGUGCAUUGAUAAUCAUUCUACCUAAGAAGAUAAACGAACUUAUAGCAGAGGAAAAACAACACAUUAUGAGUCUAGAAGAGUCCAUGAUGUAUGGUUCUGAGACAUUAAUACCAGUGUACUUUGCCCUGUGGCAUCCAGAACUUCAAAUGAUUCUGGAUGAUAUUGCAAGUGGUUUUAUUACAGAUGACAAGACUGGCUCAGCAGCAGAGGCUAUAUAUAAUUCAAUUUCAGCUAGCGGUUACCAAGUGGUAGUAACCACUGGACAAGCGCUUCCUAAAACAGAUGUUAAAGUUGCCACCCUACAUGGCAAACUAACUGGAACUGGCACUGAAGAGAAAUUACCUACCAUAGCGAUAGUGACAUAUUACGAUAGUACUGGUGUGGCACCUGAAUUAUCAUUUGGUGCGGACAGUAAUGCUUCCGGUGUAGCUAUGCUAUUAGAAAUAGCAAGACUAUUCUCCGCUUUAUAUUCCACUAGUCGAACAAGACCACAAUAUAAUCUCGUUUUUAUCGUGACUGGAGCUGGUAAAUUAAAUUAUCAAGGUAGUAAGAAGUGGUUAGAGGAUCAAUUGGAUGGGGUUGAAGGCUCUGUUAUACAGGAUGCAGCUUAUGUAAUAUGUCUUGAUACAGUUUCCGCUAGCAAUAAUUUAUAUGUACAUGUGUCAAAGCCACCUAAAGAAAAUUCUUCGGGUGGUUUGUUCUAUAAGGAACUUAAAACUGUUUCGCAAAUAUUCAACACUGUCACUGUUGACGGCGUGCAUAAGAAAAUAAAUCUUGCGGAAGAGACAUUAGCUUGGGAACACGAGAGAUACAGCAUUCGGAGAUUACCAGCUGCUACAUUAUCUACGUUAAAAAGUCAUGAAGAUUCAACUAGAACUACUAUAUUAGACGUUUCUAGAGAAGGACAAGUAGACAGAUUAUACAAACAUACCCAAAUUGUAGCAGAAGCAUUGGCACGUCAUGUAUAUAACUUAAGUUCUAGUCAAAUCUUUGCUGGACCAUUGGAUGUGUCAAAAGAAUCACUCUCCUUAUGGUUUAAUUACUUUGCUUCUCAACCAAGAGCAGCAUCAUUACUAGUGGAUAAAAAUAAUUUAUUAGUCGGUACUUUGAAGGAAGCAAUGGCAAGAUAUUUAGGAGAAGUAAAAAUCACUCUCCAUACUCCUGAUAAACAAGAUCCAGAAUUUGUAUUCUAUGAUGUUACAAAAGCAUCUCUGAAUGUAUAUAGUGUAAAGCCGGCUGUGUUUGAUCUUUUUCUUACUAUUGGUAUAGUUUUGUAUUUGGGGAUAUUGUAUAUAAUUGUGCAUAAUUUUCCACAUGCCUAUGCUCUGGCAACUAGACUUUCUGCGAAGAGUAAGACGACAUAAAUCUUAUUCUUUAUGUUUACAUGCAAAAAUACCUGAGCUUUUUUUAAUAUCAAUUUUCAAUAAUGUUGAAUAAUCUAUAUUGUAAAAAAGUUGACUAGUUCUUAGAUAAUGUAUUUCUCCUAAAGUACUCCAAAACUAUGUAUACUGAUACAUAUAUAUUGUAUUUAGAUAUUUAAAAGCAAAUGAAAUCCAGUACAUAUUUGUUGUGUGUGUAUGUAUAUAUAUUUAUUUCAUGAAUUUUUAAUUAUAAAAUAAUUAUGAAAUACUUAUAAUGUUCAACAAUAUGUUACCAUCAUUAAUCUCUUCCAAUAAAAUUCAGAACAUUGAGAAAA